GGCACUGAGGAUGAGACUGGUCAUCAGCCUCUGAAGAGGGGAGUCCCUCCAACCCCAAACUCCUGUACCGGGUGGUUUCCUCCCUUUGCGGGGGGAACCUCAGAGACAGAGCCCAGAAAUACCAUGGCCUCUGACCUAGAGAGUAGCCUUACUUCCAUAGAUUGGCUCCCCCAGCUGACUCUCCGAGCUACCAUUGAGAAGCUUGGGAGUGCCUCCCAGGCUGGACCUCAAGGGGGCAGCCGCAAGUGUUCCCCAGGCUCACCCACAGACCCUAAUGCCACCCUGAGCAAAGAUGAGGCAGCAGUCCACCAGGAUGGCAAGCCACGAUACAGCUACGCCACUCUCAUCACCUAUGCCAUCAACUCCUCCCCAGCCAAGAAGAUGACCCUCAGCGAGAUCUACCGCUGGAUCUGCGAUAACUUCCCCUAUUACAAGAAUGCUGGCAUUGGUUGGAAGAAUUCCAUUCGGCACAACCUUUCUCUCAACAAGUGUUUCCGGAAGGUGCCCAGACCUCGAGAUGACCCUGGGAAGGGCUCUUAUUGGACAAUUGACACCUGCCCUGACAUUUCCCGAAAGAGAAGACACCCUCCCGAUGAUGAUCUAUCCCAAGACUCACCAGAACAGGAGGCAAGCAAGAGUCCUCGGGGAGGUCUUCCAGGGAGUGGAGAAGCUUCGCUGCCUCCUGAGGGAAAUCCUCAGAUGACACUUCAGAGCCCCACAUCGAUGGCCAGCUAUGGCCAGGGCACAGGUUCUGUGGAUGGUGGAGCAGUGGCAGCUGGGGCUCCAGGCCGAGAAAGUGCUGACGGUCCCCCCCCACUCUAUAGCACCAACCAUGACUUCAAAUUCUCCUACUCAGAGAUCAACUUUCAGGAUCUAAGCUGGUCCUUCCGCAACCUGUACAAAUCCAUGCUAGAGAAGUCCUCUUCCUCUUCACAGCAUGGCUUUUCGUCUCUCCUGGGCGACAUGCCUCCCUCUAACAACUACUACAUGUACCAGCAGCAGCAGCCACCUCCACCUCAGCAGCAGCAACAGCAGCAGCAACCACCACCACAGCCACAGCCACCUCCCCAACAAUCACAGCCACAACAGCAGCAGGCAUCAGCUCAGGGCCCCUCAACUGUAGCGGGUGCCCCUCCACUGCAUACUCCAAGCCCUGAUGGUUGUACCCCACAAGGAGGAAAGCAAGCUGGUGCUGAAGGCUAUGGGCCCCCCACUGUGAUGGCCAUGCACCCCCCUCCACUGCAGCAUGGAGGCUACCACCCUCAUCAGCACCAUCCCCAUUCCCACCCUGCCCAGCAGCCACCACCACCACAGCAGCAGGCACAAGGCCAGGCCCCCAUCAACAGCACUGGCUUUGCCUUUCCUCCGGACUGGUGCUCCAAUAUUGACUCCCUAAAGGAAAGCUUCAAGAUGGUGAACCGGCUCAACUGGUCCAGCAUUGAACAGUCGCAGUUCUCAGAACUGAUGGAGAGUCUACGACAGGCAGAGCAGAAGAACUGGACCCUCGACCAGCAUCACAUCGCCAACCUGUGUGACUCCCUCAACCACUUCCUAACUCAGACGGGUCACAUGCCCCCCCAGGGGGGCUCCCACCGGCCACCAGCCCCUGCUCGUAUUGCUGACUCCUGUGCCCUCACCAGUGGAAAACAAGAGCCAGCCAUGAACCAAGUGAACUCUUAUGGGCACCCCCAAGCCCCCCACCUCUACUCUGGCCCAUCACCAAUGUACCCAAUUCCCACCCAGGACUCAUCAGGAUACAAUCGCCCAGCACAUCAUAUGGUCCCUCGGCCACCAGUCCCACCUCCAGGUGCCAACGAGGAGAUUCCUGAUGACUUCGACUGGGACUUGAUCACUUAAUACGUCAUAGAGUAUGGACAUCAGCCCAGGGCCCGGUGGUGAAGUCUUGCCAUGGGGAAAGCGCAGCCUGUCCCUCCUCCCGCCUGUAUAUAAACAUAUAUCUUCUUUUUGUUCUUUCUCUGUCAGAGAAGCCACCUCAAGAUGCUGCCGAAGAUAAUCCCAUCUUCCUCGCCUCAUUCUUCGCUCUCCCUUCCUGUUUUUCCCUAAUUCUUUUAUUAUUAUUCUAAUUUUAUUAUUAUUGUUAUUAUUAUUGGUUAUAUACUGUCCCAAGUCUCCUGCCCUACAACAUGGACUGUGUCUUCCCUUUGAUAAUUUAAAAUCAUCAUGCUGGAAGAUGAGGCCAUUAUAGCUGUAGAGAAGGGUUUCAAAUUCUGUUUCACCUUUCUCUCUGAGAAACUCAAUGUUGAUCUCAGCUUUCAGCUCUAAAUUGUUUUCUCUUCCCAUCUGUUUCAGGCCAGGAUUGAAGAGGCCAUAUUACCAAGUACAAGGGGUCUAAAACACUGCCUGGCAGCCAUGAAUUUGCAGGUUUUACUCAAUGGUGCUAAUUCUGUCUUCUGAACUCUCUUUGUCCCUUUAUACUUCCAAUUCUUACUUCUUCUGACAAUCCUCAUUCACCAUUAAGGGUAAGGGUGUUGAUGGUGGUGCAGGAGGGUGACAAUAAAAUCUUAGUGGAACUAGAAACCUGGAUUGGGUUGAAGAGAACACUGUGGAGAAGUGAUGGACUGUAUAAAUCAGUUUGAACUUGGGUGUGUGCUGCCUCUCACUUAAGCAUCCAUUGGCUUAUUCCUAGCCCAUUCUCUAGGGAAAUUAGAUUGGUCUUAGGUUGAACUUGCUUCUAUGUUAGGGCAUGAGGACCACUAUUCAGCAUAGGUUCAGCUUCUUGGAGAUGAUUUCAACUUAGCCAUUUUGGAUUUUAAAAAAUAAUUCUUUUUGAAAAUUUACUGUGUCUCUUACUUGCAUUUACAAAUUAUCCUCCAUCACCUUUUCCCAUUCAGCAAAUAUUACUUUGUCCUCUUCUAGUUGGCCCAAAUCUUCUACUCAUCUUAUUUUCUUCCUCCAUUUUUUCUGGGACUCUCAAGAAAUAAAAAGCAAGCCAUUAUCACUCUGUGUUUCAUCAUGUGCUACACAUGCUAGGGAAUCUCUUUCCAUCUGUCGUAGCGGAAAAUCACAGCAGGAGGGUAAGGAGAAGAAAAAGAAGCUGGCACAGACAUGGGUCGAGAUUUUCAUUUAUUUAGCUAUAUAGGCAGAUGCUUCUCUUAAAAUCCAGAUCAUUAGGGCCAAACCUUUUGCAAUUAGGUCUUUGACAGAUGAAAGAAAUUGGUGGAGGAGAGCAGAUAAUCUAGAGGCAAGAGUUGAUUGAGGGCCAAGGAGUCGCCCAGAUGAAAGUAUAGGGAUAACUUACCUCCUUUAACAAGGGAUGGCUAUGAGUAUUGCUGCAAAGUUCUUAGCAUAUAUUAAAAGUUAAUUGUUGAAUUUGAGUUGAGAGGGAAGAACAAGUUUACUUUCAUUUUUAUUUCACUAAAUUUCCCCUUUCUAAAAGCAGCAGGACACAAUGUAAGAGUAGACGAGGCCACUCUUUCUAUGAUUUCUGCUUUUUGAUCAUGUUUUAUUUAUCCACAAUUUCCAAGAUACUGGGCUUUCUACUCUCCUGCUUUUCCCCUCCAUCUACCCCUUUCCUUUCUUUGGAAGGGGGGUUAUAUAUGAGAGUUUAUUGAAGAAAUUCAGUGAGGCUGAAGAAAAGGGGCAAGAUAGAGCAGUUAACUAAAGAGCACUUUAUUUCUUUGAAACCUUUGUAAGAAAAAAAAUGGAGGUAUAUGAAAGAAAUGUGCCCUUCAAUACAGUUUUCCACUGUGUUGGAGGAUGCUUGGUGGGGUUGAAGUAUGACAUAAUAUUUCCCAUUGGGGGAAGGAGCAUUUCUUUUAGAGGGUGGCAAAUCCCUUUGCCCAGUGUCCCUAUGCUAGGCAUCUCUUCCUUAUUCCCUCUAUUCAAGGUGCAUCCUACUCACAACUUCCCUUCAGUUUUCCCCAAGAUUUCUGUUUUACAGAAUAACACUCCUCUUUUCUAAACUCCUUUCCAACUCUGAUCCAUAUGGGUUUAGGAAGGGUAGGUUAAAUCAUACACAUAAAUGCCCCUUGUUCAUUGUAUCUUGAAAAUUAGUCUCAUUAAGAAUCCUGAAAUUUGGGGCCAGGGGCUGGAGAUGGGCCACCAGGUCUCCUGAGAUUCUAGCUCCCCUCUACCAAACUCAGCCUUGCUAAAUGGCACAGGACAAAUCUGACCCCCUUUGGGCCUCAGUUCCCCUCCCCUCCAUGAAAUGCAAAGAAUACUACUUUUUCUUGUCGCUCCAGCUUUGCUGGGCAUAAAAGUAUAGUCGUUGUUGUCUUGGGUGAUGUGUGCAAAGUUGCAGGAGCUCACUGCCUACAAGAGGAAAUAAGGGAGAGAGCAGAGGAGAGGGACAAAGGAGCAAUUAUUUGGUAUUGAUCCACCAAUCCCAAACUUCCUCUUCUCAACCCCCAUGUUUCUGGUUUGGUGAGUCCUUCACACCACCCAUAAUGCUUUGCAUUGGUGCAGGCUGGGAAAGGGGUGUAUGGUCUCACAAGUUGUUGUUGUUGUUUUUUUGCAUGCUUUCUUAAUAAAAAAAAAAAAUGUUUCCAGUUUUAUCUUACGGUCUCCAAUUUCUUUUAGCCAGGGUAGGAAAAGAGAAAUACGAAAACAUUUGACUUCUGCUGGCCUUUAACCCCUCUCCCACCUCCCACCACUGGCAUUUUGUUUAUAAAUUGGUGGAAAAGAAGAAUUAAAGACAUGGCUUUAACCUUCUGUUUUCUAAAUGCUAUUAAAUCUAGUUAAAUCUUGUUGGAGAGUCAGUUACCACUUGCUGGUUGGUGGGUGGAGUAGGCCCACUUUGCUUGAAUUCAG